AUGCACCUGGAUCCUCCGCUGCCGGCACCCGGUGUGCCGGCCACGCGGCAACGGAGCCGGACGUUCGUUACGCGCCCCCGCUCGUCCGUGCUCAUGCUCUCGAAUAUGGAUCGUCGUCUGUCACUGGGCGAGGACAUGUCCCAGGCCCUGGCGUGGACACGUAUGGUGCCUCGCGAGCCUGGCCCAGGUACCUCGCGGCAUCGCCACACGGCCUCUGACGUCGACGCCCUCGCUCACACGCCGGCCCUGCAGCGCCAGAUGACGCAGCGCCGCGCCUUGGCGCUCGAGCUGUACGACUCGGAGAAAGCCUACGUCCGGGGCUUAUGCCUGAUCGACACGUACUAUUAUACCCCUCUGCUCACUGCCGCCCAGCAGCCUGUACCGAUUGUGUCGCGCAGUGCGCUGAACCGCAUGUUUGCCAACUUUUACGAUAUCCUGCAGCUCAGCAAGGAGCUGCUGUGCCGCCUCGACGAGCGCGUGGGCGACGGGAGUCCUGUGGACGCGCCGUGGGACCCACUGCAGGACGAGGUUGGCGACCUGCUCGCGCCCAUCGCGCCGUUCCUCAAGAUGUAUUCGCUCUUCAUGCAGAACUUCUCGCAGGCGAUGCAGAGCAUCGAGGCGGAGCGCCGCGGCAACGAGCGUUUCCGGCGCUUUCUCACCGAUGCCAACCAGAAGACGCACGCGGAGCACCAGCGCGCGAUGGCCCUGGGACUCGAGGCGCAGAUGCUCACGAUUGUACAGCGCGUGCCGCGCUACAAGCUCCUGCUGCAUGGCCUACUCGUCCACACGCCCGAGUGGCACCGCGACUAUGCGCUGCUGCGCCAGUCGUACACGGUCGUGGACCACACGGCUUCGUACAUUAACGAGCACAUGCGGCAGCACGAGCUUACCCUCACGGCCCUCGAGCUGCAGCGCACGCUUCUGGGCCUCAAGGAGCCGCUCGUCGUGCCUGGGCGCCGCCUGCUCAAGUAUGGCACCCUGCUCAAGACACGCCGCAAGGAUAUCCAGCCGCGAUGCCUCUACCUAUUUUCCGACUGUCUCGUCGUAUCGAGUGCCAGCGCCGACUCGGUCGCUCCCACGGACCUCGAGGCGCCGCUUGAGCGCCCGCGCUCAUCGUACAGCGACGCAGCCGAUGCGCCCGUCGCUCCCGCAGCGACAAGUCUGCACCGCCUGCCGCGGAUGAGCAUGCAAUACCUCACGCACAAGCUGCCUCUCACGGACUUGACCGUCAUUGGCUACGACGACCUGCCGCUCCGUGUGGGCGCAGGCGCGCCUGCUGCGUCGCCGAGUCUCCCCGCGUCGGCCAGCAUGCCCAACCUGGCCGCGAUGCACGCGGACCCCCGCGCAGUCUUGCGGCACAGGUUCGAGGUCCUCUCGCCCCACUGCAGCUUCUCGCUCUAUGCGCCGACGCGCGGCUGCCAGCAGCGCUGGGUCGCGGCGAUCCGCGAGGCACAGGACGAGUACCGCGCGAGCCUCCCGUCGAUGCGCCAGAGCACAGAGCUUGCGUCGCGGCCAGCGUCGCUCUCGUCGUCCGCGAGCAGCGACGCGCUCGACGAAGAGCUCGCUACGCCUGCCGCGCACCUCAGCCUAUCCCCUGGCGAGGCACAGCCGCAUGCGUCCUCCUCGCUCUCCGCGCCCCUCUUUGGCCGCAACGAAGACCUGCCCGCGCUCGAGCACUACCUCGCGCCCGUGUGGGUCCCCGACAGCCUGGCGGCACGCUGUCGGCGGUGUGGCGAGCCAUUCACGCUAUGGCGCCGCAAACACCAUUGCCGUCUCUGCGGCCACGUAUUCUGCCAUGCCUGUGCAUCGAACUACUUCCGGAUCCGUGCCGCCGGAGAUCUCCAUGCGGAUGUGCGCACACGCGCGUGUGUCGCGUGUUUCCGCUCGACGUUCCAUCACGCGCCUCGGCUGCAGCAUUCCGAGGCCCACACGGUCAGCGGGCCGGACCCGCUGGCCUCGCUCGCGCCGCCCGUCGUACCUCUGCCCGUGCUCAUGUCCGUUCCCCAGGACGCCACGCACCCGGCGCACGACCGUCGCUGGUCGAUCGUGAGUGUGCCGCAGGACAGUCCCUCGACGCCGCGCGUGCAAGUUCGCACAAAGACAACGGCGCCGCCUGCGCGCGAGGAGUCGCCCGUACAGGACUCUGCGCCCACGACGCCGAGACGUCUUGCGUUCGCGCCGCCGUCGCCAGCGGCGGCGUGGCUCAAGUCGCUGCUGCGUUCGCCAGCGCCGCCGCUCUGCCUCGCGCGUCUUGCGAUGCCUGCGCGCGGCUCCGGCCCCGUCGUCGGCACGUCCGAUGCGGAGGAGGCGGUGGGGUGGGGCAGCGAUAGUGGCGCUGGCGAUCUCGUCGAUACGAGUCGCUGCUCACGCCACCAUACUCUGUUUGGCACCGAGCCGCGCCGUCGCGCGCGUGCCUCGGCUGCCCCGCCGCCGCCAGCGACGCCGGCGCCGGCGCCGGCGCCGCGCCACCACCUGCGCACGCGCAAUAUCGCACAGAUUCACCCAUAUACCAUCGAGGCUCUGCGGUACCGCCGCGAGCUGUACGCGAAUGAUUGGCAGGACGCCGUCGUGUCCCAGCGCGAGUGGCGCCGCCGGCCCCUCUUGGAGGAGUCCGAGGCGCGCAAGACAGCGUCGCCGUCGCUCUCACCGCCAAGGCGCACGCGCUCGCCGUCUGCCACCGAUCCACCGAUACCCUCCGCGAGCUCGCCGCGCUCGGCGCGCGCGAGUCCAGCGCCGCCAUCGCCGUCCUCCUCGGAUAGCACGGACUAUGAGCGGCGGUUCCGUGUGCUCAAGCGCAUGAUGCCUGUUCACAUGGCGCGUGCCUGCAUUGAUGACCUGCGGGCGAUGCGGCAUGGCGUCUCCAGCGACUCGGACGACGAAGUGCCUGCACGGCCCCGCGCCGAGCCACACAGCGCACUCCAGCCCGGCGAGUCGCGGCGCCGACUCCGCCACACCGCCGAGGCGGCGCGUGCGCCCCUUCUCAGCGACGUGUCAUCGAGCGAGUCUGCCUCGGACACCCCACCGCCGCCCUCACCCCGCCUCCGCAACGCGGACCUGCGCUGGUGGGCCGUGCGACGCCGAGCGCCGUCGCCCGUGCGCGAAGGCGACGUGAUCGAUCGCAUGCUCUCACGCGCUACGGCUCAGCGCGCACGCCGAGCCCCUGCGUCCGCACGCAGCACAGCACGCAGCAAGGGAUCCCCAGGCGCGCGGCGCAGCGCACGCACGACCCUGCCGACCUGGCUGACCGGGCGUCGAGACGCGUCGCCAACGCCACGCGCCCAGGCGCACCACGCCGGCACCUAUGUGCUCCCUGGCGCCGGCCACAUCCACGGCGUGCCGACGCAGCGGCGGGACCUCGUGUCGCGUCUGCCGUACGUGCCACCGGCGCAUCCUGCGCUGGACCUGCGUCGCGAGGCACGUGCCGCUGCCCCGAUCGCUACGCCCACGCACCCGCGGCGCGUAUCGCGGGGCGCAGGGCGCGGGGCGCGGAACGCCGGUGGCCCCGAACCGGCACGCUCUCCCCGUGCAGCACCCGCCCCGGCCCUCCCAGCCGCAUGGCACGCCGCACCGCCCGCGUGGCGCGACGACCUGCAGGCGCUCCUGCACUGGGACGGCCUCUUGCAUGUGGAGGUGGAUCUCGGCGUCGCGCCGCCCCCCCUCGGCGUGCGAUUCGCGGCGGACACGGAUCUGGGCCGGGGACGCCUGCACGCUCUGCUGCAUGGCACGGUUCCGCCUGCGCCACUCACCUGCCAUGUGCUGGGCCAUACCCUGCACGACCACAUGAGCAUGGACGAUGUGGGCGCGACCCUGGCAGCGCUGGGCGAGCGUCUAGACGACACGCGCCUGUGGCGCCCCCUUGUGCACUUUCUCGGCACGUGGCUCUCGAUGCAGGCGGCACGCUACCCCCGCGAGGGCGUCGCGCUCGCCGGCGCCUUUGAGGUCGGCGCAGCGAGUGAGAUGCUGUGUGCGUGGGCGCAGGCGCAGCUGCAGCGCGCGCUACCGGUCGAGCCGACCCUGCUGCUGCUGUGGUUCCGCGUCGAGGUGCAGUGGCGGGUGUGGCAGCUCGGCGCCUGCACGCCCGUGCCCGUGCUCGACGUGGCGCAGCCGCUCAUGCUCCGCCUGCUGGCCAGCGGCCUUGCGCGCACGCUCGCGCACAUCGCCGAGGCGGAUCGCACGCCACUCACUGACCUCACGGCGGAGCUGUGGGUGCAUGCGGUCCAUGUCCUGGGGCGGAUUGAUGACGAAGCGUUCUGGGACGUGCUCGCUGCGGCGGCGGACGACUACUUUGCGCUCACGCCGUGCUCCGCGCUCGUGCGCUGCGAGCGUGCGUGGCUCAUUGUGCUCGGCGUGUGCUCGCUCUCGUUCUUCUCGGCCGCCGCUGGCGUCGCAGGCCCCGCGCCUCAUGUGCGUGCCCACUGGGCCACUAUCCAGGCCCUGCUCGCGCGCGUGCGCCUGCGGUACGAUGCGCCCGUCGAGCGCGCCGCGCCGCGCCAGCUCCUGCAGAAGCGCGAUGCCUACAUUCACGUUCUCCUGCACCGCUGCUUUCUCCUAUGCACGCGCUGGCAAUGGCCGCUCCUGCACUCGGAGUCGCUGUUGCGCCACCUCUUCGACGUCUUCGACGCGCAUGCCCUGGAGGACUUGCCGUCCGAGCACGACCACGACUUUGCGCCGUUCCUGCGCCACUUUGACGCGUCGCGCCUCCUGGACGCGCCGCCCCAGGGCAGCGCCUACCACGUUUUCCUCCAGCUGCUCGGCCGCGCGAGUGCCGAGCUGCAGCAGGUGCCUGAUGGCCGCCAGCGCCUCGCGCGCUUGUUCUCGCGCAUGACGCCCGUGCGUGUGAUGCCGUUUACCCAGGCGGACCCGCCCGUGUCGACGGAGCGCGCCAAGCUCUUCAACCAUUACUCGAUCGUGAUGCUGUUCCUCUACUUCGAGCCGGCGUCCGCGCUGCUCCGCCUGCGCCAGAUCCGCAGCUUCCUUGCGUUCACGCCGGCGGACCGGGCCAGCCAAAUCGCAUGCAUCCGCGCCAUGGUAUACGCUGGCACGCUGUUCCGGCACCACGGCCUCGACGUGCAGCCUGUCGUGGCAUGGCUCGUCGACGUACUGCAGGCGCUCCAAGCUGCGGCCGGCGCACCGCACCCCUCGGACGGCCUCGCGGCGCGCCAUGCCGCACAGACGCAGCGCGAGCUCACACGCAUGGUCGCUGUGCUUGUGCGCUCCGUGCAGCACCUCGUCGAGCAUCCCGGCUUCCCGGGUCGCACCGUGUAUCCCCCCCUGGCGCUCCUGCAUCCCGCGUGGACACACGAGCUGCUACAGCAGGCGCCUCCGCCAGACGUGGCCGUCGAGGUGCUCCAUGUGACGCGUGCGUUCCUUGCGCAGCGCACGCUCGCGCUGCAGCCCGUGCCGUCGGCGCGUGCACCGGGCGUCGACGACGUGGACGACGAGUUUGAUGAUACCCUACUCACUGACCCAUCGCUCGAUGCGCUGCUGGGCGAGGCGGCAGAUCCCUCGCCGGAUGCAGACCUGGCUGGACAGCUGCACACGCACCUAUCGCCCGCGCUGUUCCAGCUGCUCGAUUCAUGGACGAGUGCGCCGCGCGCCGACGCACGCACAGCUCUCGAGGCGCUCGUGGCGCAGGCAGAGAUGCAAGCGCGCGUGGACCUGCUCGUCGAUACGUGGGCCGAGUGCGCGCGCGUGCUCGUGUACCACAACCGCCGCGACUGGCGCGGGUACCUCACGCUCGGCAACGAGUCGUGGAAGCGGCUGCGGGCACCCGUCCAAAAGCGGCUUGUCGCUGUGCGAUUCGCGGCGCGCCUUGCUGCGUGGGAUCCACAGGCUCUGGCGGCCUGCGCGACCGAGUGUGUGAUGGUCUGGUUCCAUGGGCUGGCCGCGUACCGCGCAGACGAGCUGCCAGCACUGACGGCGGCGCUCGCGCCGCACGACUCGCUAGUGCCGCACGGCACGCCGCGCGAUGCGGCGGCCUUUGCCGCCGCGCACCUUGCCCUGAUCGAGCACGUGGUGCGUACGAUGCGCGAGGAGAGUGAGACACAGCCAACGCGCGUGGGGCUCUUUAUACAGUGCCUAUCAGCUCUGCUCUCGUCGAUCCGCGUCUACACAGCACACACGCCCGAGCCGGCCUACUUGGAUCAAUGCGCACGACUCCUCGAGGUCGUGCAUACGUUGGGUGGCGCCGUGGGCCGCGGCAUCGGUGCCGAGUGGCAGGCUACGCAGACGGCGGUACAGUCGCUGGCCCGAGCGCGCCCUUAG